AUGGCCACCAAGCUGUAUGGGACGUACUAUUCCAGCGCCACCGCAAGGGCGAUCGUGGUGAUGCUGGAGAAGGAAGUGGACUUUGAGCUGAUCAGCACCAGCAUCUUGCUUGGAGAGCACAAGAAACCUGAGUACAUGACUUUGCAGCAUGAUUUGUGCACUCGUGGCUAUUUGUUUUUUGGGAUGUUGCAAGAUACGUUCCCACUGAGGUACUCACACCCACCGUGGGUUGGGCGUGUCCUGCAGCCGUUCGGACUGGUUCCACUCCUGGAGGACGAGGACCUCAAAUUGUUCGAGUCUGGCGCAAUAAUGCGAUACAUUGCCGACAAGUACGAAGCUCAGGGAACUCCUAAGCUGUAUGGGUCGACCAAAGCGGAGCGGGCGCUAGUGGAGCAGUGGAUGGAGGUUGAGAGCGGCACGUUCAGCGCACUCAUGCGAACCCUUGUGAAGGAGCUCAUCUACGGGCCAGGGCUGUUCAAAAUUGCAACGGACCAGAAGGCCGUGGAGGACGCCACAGAAAAGCUGAACAAAGUGCUGGACGUGUACGAAGCGCAGCUAACGAAGCAUCAGUACUUGGCAGGGGACUUCGUGAGCAUUGCGGACCUUGGGCAUUUGCCUUUGAGCAACCUGUACUUCAACGUGUUGGGGAAGCGGGAGCUGUUGAGCUCACGGCCGCGGGUUGCAGCAUGGUGGGGUGCGAUAUUGAGCCGGGCAUCUUGGAAGAAGAUCGUGUCCUUUGCGGGUGCAGACUAUGAGUCAUGGGUGAAGGCGGCAAAGAGCUUCCAGCCACAGUGAGAGUGUAUUUGUUGCACGAAUGUAAAGACCGAUUACUACACAGAUAGGAGUUCAUCGCUGGAUUGGAUAAUUCAAAAGCAUGUGACCACUUGUACAACUCAAGAAAUAUAGUUUGCAUUUACUCGA